GUUUUUAAUUUACAAAUUUUAAAAAACUUGUAACUUUUUAAAAAUUUCCAAUUUUCUUUCUUUUAAUCGGAUUUUCUACAAGAAACUUCGACAAAAAAAUGAUCGAUCCGCCUUUUUAUCAUCGUCAUGCCUUUUGGUUAUUGUUAUUAUUGAUUGCUGUGAUCAAUGUUUCAACAUUUCCAAAUGAACCAAAGGGAUUUUCACCACCUUCACCAUUAUCACUAUCAUCAUCGGUUGAACGAAAUAUAUUUGGUAAAAAUUUUACAACAAUCACCGAUGCUAUCAAUGAUGGUCAUCAAUUUAUUGAACAAACAAUACAAAAACUAGGUCUACCAUCAUUGAUAUUUGGUUUAGCACAUCGUGGCCAAUUAAUUUAUAAUCAUUCAUGGGGUGUAUUGGAUAUAGAAAAUCCUCGAACCAAAACCGAUAUGAAUUCACAUUAUCGUAUAUGUUCAAUAUCAAAAACAUUUACAUCCGCCUUAAUCGGUAGAUUAAUUGAUCAAGGUCGUUUAAAUUAUGAAACUCCAGUUAAUGAUAUUUUGGAAUAUUUUCCACAGAAAAAAUGGCAAAAUCAACUAGUAAACAUUACAAUUGGGCAAUUAUUAUCACAUACAUCUGGUUUACGUUUAACAAAACUAACUGAUAUGGAUAAUAUCGUAAAAAAUAUUCAUUCACAAUCUACGAUUGUUAAAAAAUUUGCAAAUGAUCCAUUAGAAUUUGAACCAGGAACCGAUUGGUUAUAUUCAAAUUAUGGUUUUGAAUUAUUAGGUUCGGUUAUUGAAACAAUGGAAAAUAAAACAUAUUCAGAAAUAAUGAAUAAAUUUCUUCAUCAAAAUGGUUUACUGAAUAGUUUUAUUGAAACAGAAGAUUUAAUUCUAUCGAAUCGUGCACGUUAUUAUCGUCGUAUGGAUGUUACGAAUUUAAUUGAUCAUCGUCUAAUACCUACGGCUGUAUUUGAUGAUUCACUUAUAUAUGAAGGUUAUUAUGCUGCUGGUGGUAUUCAAUCUACUGUUGGUGAUCUAUUAAAAUGGGGACAACUAAUGUUGGAUGCAUUCAAUGGUCGUCAUAAUUCUACAAUAUUGAAAUCAGAAACAAUGAAAAAAAUUUGGUCAUCACAUAGUAAAAAUUUGGAUAAAAUGCUACAUACAAAUGGUAAUCAACAACAUUAUGGUUAUGGUUGGAUGAUAUCAAAUUUAACUAGUUUAGCAAAUGCAAAUCUUACAUAUAAAGAUUAUAUUUGGCAUAAUGGUGGUUUAAUGGGUACAUCAACUGUAUUAAUGAUACAACCACAAUCCGAAUUUGUCGGUGCAGUACUAACUAAUGAAGGUUAUACUACCGGUCUUGAUUCAAUGAUUGUUUAUAUGAUUGAAAAUUUGGCUAAAUUUAUCAAAUGAAAAUUUUUUUGAAAAAAUAAAAGAUUUUAAUUUUGUUUUUUU